GCAGCAAGAUCCGGGGGAUGGCUGGCUCUAUAUAUACACCUCCAACUUGUUGGAGCAACACUUCAGAAGAGUUCUUGUGCCGGACGGUUGUGCCAGUAAAUAAAAACAAAUAAGAAUAAAAAUGAUUGCGCUGCAAGCUCUCUUGCUGUGCCAAGUUAUAAUUGCGUUGAGUUCACCGACCGCUUGGGCUGUCCCCAUUUACGGAACGAAGAAGUACACGCGAAGUUCUGCUGGAAAAUCGCACGAUUUUGAACUCUGGUCACCAAAUUUCCAUCAAUACAGACAAUCCGUGCAAAGACACCAUCCAUUCUACGAGUACGAAUCCAACCCAUAUGUACCUUCAUAUUACGAUUAUUAUUAUCGUCCAAGAGACCUUUCUCUAAUGUAUUACCCCAAAACUUCAAAAUAUGAGGUUUACCAAGCCGUCGUGCCCUAUUAUUACAACACCAACUCUCACGGGAUGUAUCCAAAUUAUUUAUACGAUUACUCCCAAACAUCCGAUCCCAUCUUAAACGCUGAAGAUCAAGAUGACACUUAUUACGACAACAAUGAAAGUAGCGAUAACAUGGACGCGGUAAACACGGCGUUUUUAAACAACCUCAUUAUGACCCAAAUUUAUAAUGACGCCAUGGAUCAAAAAACUUCUUAUCAUAAGCCGCAAAAUAAUUAUUAUCACGAUGAUCACGACGUAUAUGGAACUUGGGAAGAAUUCCCUGUUAGCACUCCCGGUUAUUUUCCAGCGGACGAAAUCGAAAGAGAAAUGAAAGGAUUAGGUAACUACGCGGAACCUACUCAAGCAGUUAAUAAAGAAGACCGCUUGAAUUUCUUUAACAAAGGGAGCCAUCCAAGUAAAAAGAUGGAAACUAAAAGAGUCGUAGCGACUACUUCGAAACCGAUUCUUAAUAAUAAAAAAUGGUCCGGGCAAAAAGAAGAGGUUCUUCAUCAACCAGCUAUUCAUAGAAAAUUUGAAUAUCCCACAUCCAAUCUUAAUAAUAAUAAUAAUAAUAAGCAAUCAGUUUAUGAUAUAAUCAAACAUAUGUUGACUAUGGAAAAGGAAUUAGAUUCGCAUAACGCUGAUUCAUCAUCUCCAGGAAGAAAAACAGUCACACCUAGUGAAGAUUCAUUAACUCGCCAAUUAACGCUUCUUAAGGACAACUAAGUUCAAAAAGAAACCUACAAUUAUUAAUUUAAGACUGAGACUAGUAUUAAUUAUUCUUAAUGAAUUAACAUUAACAUAUAAAAUGUACUAUACAAAAAUUCGUUUUUUAAAAAUCUCUUCUAGAUAACUUAUUUUUAAUUAUUUUUAAUUAACACUUUAAUUAUUUUAUUUAUUUCGGUAGUUUACAAAAUAUUGUAAAGUCGGUGUCGAACAAUAAUCGUGUAUAAUAGGUAUAAUGAGGGUAUAAAAAAACACACAGAAAGCUUUGUACGUCGCGUGUACAUACAUAUAUAUUCUAUGAAACAAAACAAAAAAAAAAUGCUGCUGACGUUCAAACAUUUCAUAUAAAUCUCUUAAAUCUCAUAAAAAAGCGAGCGUUUUUGAUUUUCGAUCCGUCUUGGUUCGUACAAUGUUUAAAAUUGCAGACUCACUCUGUGAUAUUGAGAACAUGGACUGCACACUUAAAAAUAAGUUUCAAAAAGAUGAAGCAAAAAAAAAAUGUAACUUAAAUAAUUUUAAUCGGAGCUACUAAACUAUUUGCAGCAAAAAAAAACCGAACUGAUAGCGUAUAAAAAUGUAAUCGCGAUGUUUUUUCUUCCCCCUAAUCAUUCUUUUCCAUUUUUGUUAACGUAGCAUUAAUUUUAUAUCCUUUGUACAUAUCUGAGCUGUAACUACGAAGUGUAUAUAAACUAUUUUUUGAUAUAAUGUGCAUUAGAUUACGCCGUAAUGUUAAAUUGUAUCUUAGAAAAAGAAUCUCUUGGGAGAAACGAAUUCUCAAAUUAAAAAGAAAUGAAUUACUAUGUUAUAAUAUGUGUGCAUGGUUAUGUAGAUAGAAUAAAGCAAUUACUACUUGUGUUACUUCA